UCAUAAUUUUCUUUUUUAGUAGGUUGAUAUUUUUCCGGUCUCUAAACUAUGGCACUGAGCACGAGAUACGGUGAAUUACACUCCUGGUGAGAAAACUGUGAUACAGGAUAAGCAGUGAGUGAAGGCGCGUGUGAUUCGUUGGUUAGAGCCGAUCGUUCUUGACGUCAUUGUCACUAUGGUGACCGCCGGGACUGAGUGAAGCCUGGAAUCUCUUUGCCUGGGAAAGAUAUAGACUCACGCUAAGAAGCGUGUAAGACGUAGUUUAAAAUUAUUCGUUAUUUAGGCUUUAGACUCAUUACCAAUGAUACAUUUUGAAUAUGUUUGACGUCAUAAGUCAUAGGACCGCAAGGUAAACCUGGGUUUAAGUUAAGAGCUGAAACAGACGUCUCUAUGGGUACAGAUAAACAGCUCGCUAUUGGCCAAAACACUCUUUUCCAGCUAUAACUCAUCGUGUAGAAACAAAUGUCUCUUUGAUGUACUGUAAUAAGGAACCACGCGACGUGUUUCGUAUAAAUGUUCGCGUGAUAUGCGAUGUUUACAAGCGUACCUUUCACGUUCGUCGCUGCACACGACACACGCGACAUAAACGGUGAUCGCGCAUUCACACCCGUAUCUACGUUGUCGUGCGCGUCUGCCUGCGCACAUGACGUGGCUACUGUCACAGCGUUUUAUGGCAGAGUUCACUUGCUAUUUAAGUUAAGAAUAUAUCGAACAUUAGGGUGGGAGAGGAUUGGUUUAAAUUUAUCAACCUAUAUGAAAUGGCUUCAAUUAUAAAGUUUAAAAGUACAGGAGUUAAGGGGGGAUCUUAUCAGAAGUGUGAUUCGAUCUCUGGCUGGUUAGGCCUAGCGCAACCUUCGUCUGCUUGAAAGUGUAGAGAGGCAGGAAGUGGGUAGCAUUCAGUGUAUAUCAGUGUCUUUACCUAGUGGCUAACCGUUCUCUUCCAAGAGGUGACAAAUGGCUUCUGUCGCUGCUUGGCUCCCUUUUGCCCGAGCGGCGGCUAUCGGUUGGGUUCCUAUCGCUAACAAUCCUCUUCCCUCCCCACCGGUUACUAAACAAAAAGAAGGUCGAGAGGAUGAAAAAUUUAUCAUCAACAUCAGCGGUUGUCGGUUUGAAACAUGGAGAAACACCGUAGAAAAAUACUCCGAUACCUUACUAGGAUCAAACGAAAGGGAAUUUUUCUACGACGAAGAAAAGAACGAAUAUUUUUUCGACCGAGAUCCCCACCUGUUCCGAUACGUCCUCAACUACUACCGAACGGGCAAGUUGCAUUUCUCGAAGCACGAGUGCCUCAUGGCUUACGACGAGGAGCUGGCUUUUUUCGGGAUUAUUCCAGAUGUCAUGGGUGAUUGUUGUUACGAGGACUACAGGGACAAGAAACGGGAGAAUGCUGAACGAAUUAUGGACGACAAACUAUCAGAAGUGAAAGAACAGACCAAUACGUCCAACUACACGAUCAGGGAGAAGAUGUGGCGGGCCUUUGAGAACCCUCACACCAGUACGGCGGCUCUGGUAUUUUAUUACGUGACGGGUUUUUUUAUCGCGGUGUCCGUGAUGGCCAACGUGGUGGAGACGAUUCCGUGCGGGUUUACAUCCGAGCUGGAAGAGAUCCUCUCUUGCGGAGAGACGUACAAGAUCGCGUUCUUCUGCCUGGACACCGCGUGUGUGCUCAUGUUCACGGCUGAAUACCUACUACGUUUAUAUGCAGCACCCAGCAGGUGCCACUUCAUGCGGAGUGUCAUGUCAGUCAUCGACGUCGUGGCGAUCCUUCCUUACUAUAUCAGUCUCGGUCUCACUGACAACGAGGAUCUGUCCGGAGCAUUUGUUACGCUGCGGGUUUUCCGGGUUUUCCGGAUAUUCAAGUUUUCCCGCCACUCGCAAGGACUCCGGAUCCUGGGGUAUACCUUACAGAGCUGUGCCUCGGAACUGGGGUUUCUAGUCUUCUCACUGGCCAUGGCCAUCAUCAUCUUCGCCACGGUCAUGUUUUACGCCGAGAAAAACGUUAAGGAAACAAACUUUACCAGCAUCCCCUCUGCUUUCUGGUACACCAUCGUUACCAUGACAACCUUAGGGUAAGUGUACAAAGAUAUC